GUCGGGUUGAAAUAUUAAAAAAGUAAUUUUUAUUUUAUUUUUGGCACCGUUUUUCUUCAACAUUGCCCUUCUCGUAGUUUAAGUUGAUUUUAGAUAUAUUACCGUAAUAUAUUAUUUUUAGUCGUAAAAAUUUGGUGAAACAGAAAGACUUUGAAACGUAAUAAGUGGCUCCAAAAUAUACUUUUGUCAGCUUAAAAUGAACACUUAACGAAACUGGUAACAAAUUUUAAAUUAUUUCGUGAAUUUUAGCGUAAGAUUAUAUAAGAAAAAUUCGUGCACACAACAAAAACAAUGGAUUUAAAAGCAAUAAUUUACGCCUUCGUAAAAGGAUUUUACGACAGUUUGAGUGGAAUGAUAACGAUUUUUAAAUUAAAUAAAGAAAUAAACCAGAAAUUAAGACAUUCACCUUCCAGACAAAAUGUUUUGAUUAGACAAAAAUCAACAUCGAAAGAGACCACUCCUGUAAGAGAAACCAAACAUGAAGAAGACUCCAUAUUAAUGAAAACAAUGUCUUGUGGAUGCCUAAAUGGGGCCAUAUUUCUAGCCAGUGUUCUUAUAUUUGACUAUGUUAUUCUGAGGGUUUUAAAGUAUUGGAUCGGAGAGAAUAAUAGCUUUAUACUUUUACCAAGAAUGCUGUACAAUAUUAUGUAUCUUAUACCUUUGUAUAUAGUCUGCAAAGUCAUCAAUGUUGUCUGGUUUCAAGAUAUAGCAGAUUCAGCUUACAAACAUGUCCGGGGAAGACCAAAAUACACAAAAUUCAGCAACCUAGUUGCAGAUUCUGUAUUUAGCUUGUUAAUACAAACGCUUUUUUUAAUUCAAGCAUCUUUGACAAGUUAUUUGCCUAUUAAGUAUGUAGGUUACACACUAUCAAUGAUACAGAUGUGUAUGCUAUAUGCUUUGUAUGCUUUUGAAUAUAAAUGGUGCAAUAUGGGAUGGGAAUUGCAUAGAAGAUUGACUUUCAUUGAGAAUAAUUGGCCCUACUUUAUUGGUUUUGGAUUGCCCCAAGCUGUGCUUACUCAACUAAGUGAUUCCUGGAUGAUAAGUGGUGGAGUUUUUGCUGUGCUUUUUCCAUUCUUUAUAGUAAGCGCAACUGGGGCCAAUCCCCUUGUAAAUUCAAGUGAUUUUUCUCUACAUUUCUUUGCACCUGUGAUACACAUAUCGAAUGCAAUUUUCAAGCAUAGUGUGGCAGCUCAAACAAAACCAACAAAUUACAAUCCACCCAGGAGUUCAACCUCAACCCCAACUAGAAGAUGAAAGAACCAUAAAAUGUAGAUAGCAAACAAAACAAAUAAUAAAUAUUUAUAGGUGAAUGUUAUUUUUUGAAAAAUAUAUUUGUGAUUUAUUUAGUGAGGGCUCUAUGCAUAGAUGAUUGGAUUUUUUAUUUUUUAAAUGACAUUUUAUAUAUUUUGGCAAGUUGAGUGUACAAUAAAAAGUUUUUGUACACUUUAUAUUUGGUAUAAAUGGGAGCUUGUAACUAGGUAAUAUUUUAGGUAAUUAUUGUUAAUACUUUGAAAUCAUUAUUCUUCUAUAUCUAAGCUUAUUUUUUGAUAAAUGGAUAGUUUCUG